AUGGUAAAUUUCACGGUCGUGAACGGCCAACUUUACACGCCGGGCCUGGCCAUUGUGGAUGCCCCACAACCAUACACACCCCUGGGAGGAGCAAACCUUCAAGUCGCGAUCGACGUCUCUGGGAAUGGCGCUCUUUCUUGGCCACCAUCCACUCAAUCUGCCGACGCACCCACCCUCUUCCAUGAUAUUACGCUAUUCUUGACAUCGGAGUCGAAAUCUCACAAUUUCACCAUUUCUAAUGGCACUGUUCCGGCCACCAAUACCACGGGCUAUGUCGGCCCAGUAUUAGAUCUUGAACCAUCUUCGACCGUCAAACAUGUCAAUUGGAUCUGGCCCAAGUGUUUCGUGGGGGACGGCACGAGCAGCAGCGACGGCACGUACAACAUUUCGAUUCAUCAGUCUUUUCGUUGGAACGACACAGACUACUAUACUGUGUUUGACUGGCCAAUUUCAGUCACGAAUAGCAUCCCCGAGAGCUCGGACAGGGUGGAUUGUGCGUUGCUAGAGAACAAGAUGAUAAACAUGGAUGGGAGUUCAGACAUCCUCCCAGGCCAGCCUUGGCUAACAAGUGGGGUGAGUGCUAGCAGCACACAAUCAGGAGCCACUGCCACCCAGACCAGUGUGGGGUCGCGUCUUCACAGAAAAGUGGCACUCGCGGCAGCCGGAACGGCGUUUGUUAUGUUUUUGCUGAUGGGGUAG